GACUGCUAUCAGUAUUGUGUUACUCACAGUGAGCGUGAGGUGAGCCAGCUGUCAGCUCGUGCUGCGGCUCUAACUCACCUGUUGUAUGACAGUGUUUGUGUUAAGGUGUUUUUUUAAACAGGCCUCGGUCGUCAGGAUGCCCAGAGGAGGUAGGAAAGGAGGCCACAAGGGUCGCGUGCGGACCUAUACCAGCCCCGAGGAGAUCGAUGCUCAGAUGAAGGAGGAGAAGGAGAGAAAGAAGCACGAGCAGGAGCAGGAGGCGGGUGCAGCUCAGACCGACCUGACGGAGGAGAAGCUUCCUGCGUCUGGAUCAGAGGACAGCGAUGAUGAGAACUCAGCGAGGAGGAGAGCUGGAGUGGAGGGCCUGAUCGAGAUCGAUAACCCCAACAGGAUAGCUCAGAAGUCCAAGAAGGUGACGCAGAUCGAGGUGGAUGAGCCCAGGCAGUUAUCGAGGAGAGAGAGGGAGGAGAUUGAGAAGGUGAAGGCGAAGGAGCGUUACAUGAAGAUGCACUUGGCGGGGAAGACGGAUCAGGCCAAAGCCGACCUCGCUCGUCUCGCCAUCAUCAGGAAACAGAGAGAAGAGGCGGCGAAGAAGAAGGAGGAGGAGAAGAAAGCUAAAGACUCGGUGGCAGCAGCCUCAGCAGCCUCCAGAGGAAUGAACUCCCUGAAAUGAUGCAGGGUGUUCCUCAGAGUCGUUCAUGGACGGGUGAUGAAUCUAUAUUUGACUAUUUUUAAAGACGGAUUGAUGAAGUUGUCUGUUACAUAAUAGAGAACGAGGAGAGGGGCGGUCCUCGUGGAGCUCUUCAGGAAGUCAAUUAAGAAAGGAGCCGUCUUCAUGUUCACACUGAACCUCCUCUAACCUCCGUCAUGUACAUGAUUAUUAAACAUGAAGCUGUCACUGUACAAUACACACUUUGCUAACUGAGCUUUGCCACUAUAAUUUUUUUUCUGGGGUCUCACACUGUAAAUAACAGACUCAUGAAUAUAUGUCAGAUUAAUAUGACGACCCAG